UAGAAACUUGAACGUCUUGUUUGUUCAGUGCAAUACUCGUGAGCUGGAGCUCAUGAUGAUCAGGUGUUAUUACUUGCAUUAGUGAGCCCAAAUCUAAUUCUUGGAUACUUGCAGAUGAGGUAUCACUCCAUUGUAUUGGCUUUAGGGGGUAUCUUCUGCAACUUGAUUACAGUUACAGAACCGUACCCUUGGCCUCAAAAUCAACCUUCAAGGCAAAUAUCUAAUGGAAACAAUAAUAAUCCAAGUGGCCGGCAACAGGGAAAUGUACCUGCCCAAGCCGGUCAAAGUAUGGCGGAUAUGCUUCAGAAAGCGAUACAAGCGAGCAUAGCUCGACAAGAUGCCGCUGAACAAGCAGCCCAAAGUCAAUAUAACGGCCAACAAAAUGAAGGUGACAACGAUUACGGUCAAAGCUCUGGUAAUGAUUAUCCACAAGAAAAUGGGAACUCGCAGCAGAGUGAAUACCAGAACAGCGGUCAAGACUACAGUAGCAAUGAAGAUAGUGGUAACGAUGAUUAUAGUAGCAAUGGCAGUAGCGAUAAUGCUGAUUAUAGUAGCAAUGGAGAUAGUGGCAUUGCUGAUUAUAGUAGCAAUGGUGAUGCGAGUGAAGCUGAAGGAAGUUCCUCCGAUUCCUCUCCAUCAGAAAGUUCAGUAACUUCUGCCAGCCAUGCAAUCGGGUCAAAGGCAAAAUCAAAUAGCAAGGCGAAAUCAAACAGCAAGCCAAAAAAACCUCACAAUAACCGAAAUGGACGAAAGCAUUCCCAUGCAAAUCAUAAGAACAAAAAUCACUCAAACCACAAGAAGAAACCCCACAAGAAUCAUAGAAAUUCGGGUAGUUCAAAACCAAAAUACGGAAAUAAGAAAAAGAAAUCUACUUCCGAGCCUUAUCCUUCUUCAGCCUUGUUCAAUACCACAACUGUACCUGAAUAUAUAAUGGCAAUGACUACUAAUGUUCCAAAAGCUGAGACUUCCAGAAGUACUGAUUUAGGUGGAAGUGAAACACAAGGAGGUAUAAGUACUACCCAGAGCCCUGAAAUCUCGUCAGACGCAAGUGAGGGUACUACACAACGAGCAGAAAGUUCAGCGCAAGAAUCUGGAACAACAGACGUGUUACAAACUACAAGUCAACCGGCUGAAGCGAGUGGAGAUACCACAAAAGCUGAAAUUACCACUCAAGUGACUGAAGAUGCUGUUAACAGCAAAACAUCACAAUCUAACUCUGAUGAAGGCACUACUGAUGAGUCAGAUAAAAGAGAUGAUUCAUCAUCCACCAUUCAAAGUGAUAAUAAUGGCAACGAUAAAACAAGUAUAAAACCAUCCUCUAAUGAUCAAAGCAUUUCCACUACAGUAUCUGAGGCUCUUAAUGUUUCAAAUAUGGAAUCUAAAACAACUCCAAAAAUUUUAAAUAUUGGCCAAACAACGGGAAGUACUCAACGACCGAAGAAAAAACACCCUAACAGAAACAAACCAUCGAAACCUAAGCGUAAAAACAAUCACAAAGGAAGUGGGACUAAAAAAGGGAGAGCAGGUUCAAAUAAAUCAAGUAAUGACAGCCACAACUCUACUCAAAGUACCUCAACUUCGGAAGAAAACAAUCAACCACCAGCUGAAAGCAGUUCUUCCUCUGAAAACAGCUCUUCUUCAACCAAAAACGAGCAACUCUCAACUGAAAGCACUGUAGCUUCAAGCGAAAACGAACAACAAUCGACUGAAAACAGCUUAACUUCCAGUGAAAACAGUGACCAACCAGAAUCUACCACUUCAAGCGAUCUAGCUGGAGGCAGUAUAACUAGCAUGAGUACACCUUCUAAUGACCAAAGCUCUACAACAGUAUCACCUGAGACUAGUGAUACUUCAAGCACAGGAUCAAACACCACUCCAAAACGUUCGAGUAACGGUCCAAAAAAGGGGAGCAGUGAACGACCAUCCAAGAAAUCUCCAGCAAAAAGUCGGUCAAGAGCCAGUACAAACAAAAAAAAUAAUAGAGGAAGUGGAAAAAAACGAAAUAGAUCACAGUCAAGUACUGCUAAAAAUGAAGAUCUAAGUUCUACUCCAAGUAUCUCAACUACGAAAGAAAACAAUCAAUUGCCAGCUGUAAGCAGUUCUUCUUCCUCUGAAAACAGCUCUUCUUCAACCAAAAACGAGCCUCUCUCAACUGAAAGCACUGUAGCUUCAAGCGAAAACGAACAACAAUCGACUAAAAACAGCUUAACUUCCAGUGAAAACAGUGACCAGCCAGAAUCUACCACGUCAAGCGAUCUAGCUGGAGGCAAACCAACUAGCAUGAGUACACCUCCUAAUGACCAAAGUUCUACAACAGUAUCACCUGAGACAAGUGAUACUUCAAGCACAGAAUCAAACACCACUGCAAAAGGUUCGAAUAACGGUCAAAAAAAGGGGAGCAGUCAACGACGAUCCAAGAAACCUUCAUCAAGAAGCCGGACAAGAGCCAGUACAAGCAGAAAAAACAAUAGAGGAAAUGCAAGAAACCGAAAUAGGUCACAGUCAAGCACUGCCAAAAAUGCAGAUCUAAGUCCUACUCCCAGUACCUCAACGUUAAAAGAAACCACGCAACAACCACCUGAGAGUAUUUCUUCAUCAACUGACAGAUUUUCUACUUCAGGCGACAGUGAUCUACAAGCAGAUGAAAGCAGAUCUUCUGAAAACGAAGAAAAUCAACAAGCAGAUGAAAGCAGAUCUUCUGAAAACGAAGAAAAUCAACAAGCAGAUGAAAGCAGAUCUGAACAUGAGGAAAAGCAACAGGCAGAUGAAAACUCCUCAAGCGAUGACAAUCAGCAAAUGACUGACAACAGCUCAAUUUCAAAUGAAAAUAAGGACCAGUCAGUUGACAGCAAUUCUUCAUCUAGUGAAAGCUCCAGCAGUAACACAGAUAUGUCUCACACAGAUGAUCUACUUGGAAUGGAGCAGAAAAAAUCUAGUAGCUUAGAAACGAAUACUAAUAAAAAACAAGAGCAGAAAAACUCAGAAAUUCGUAUUCGUAAAAAGCACCAUCAUAAUCGAAAUCAUCACAAGAAAAAUCAUAAACAUAACCACAAAGGAAAGUCACAAACGUCUCGUAAAAAUUCAAAUGGCUCCAAACAGAAACAUUUACAAGGAAACAGUACAAGGAAAAAAAACGGAAUGAUGACAAGGGCAACAACUCCAAGCGAUUCAGAUAAUGAUUCAACAACUUUCCGUGGUUCGUCUGUCGAUACUUCAACAAUGAUACCAGUAGGAGAUUUAACUAUGGGUACUGAUGAAGUUGAAAACUCAAAAACAAUGAGCUCUGAAGAUUCAUAUGGUUCAAGUUACGUUCCAAGUACAGAUAAUGAGAUGAGUUCGGAUUCCACCACUGUUAGUUACCUUACUUCUCAAGACACACCUUCUUCCCAAAAGUCCGCUUCAAACAGUCCUGCAACAACAAAAUCACAAAAAACAAAGAGUUUCAACACACAAAGUCAGAAAAAGCACCACAAUAAAAGUCACAAACGAAACCACAAGGGAAGGUCACAAACCUCUCGUAAAAAAACAAAUGGCUCCACACAGACACACGACACAGGAUAUAAAGCACGAAAAUCAAAAAAUUCCAACAGACAAAGUCGGAAAAAUAGUCACAAUAACUCUCGUAAACCUACGCACAAUGGAAUGUCCCAUACCCCUAGUAAAAUGACAAAAGUCUCUAAACAAACACAAGUAAAAGGAAAUAAUACAAUGAAAACAACCGACAUGAUGGCAACAGCAACAACGUCGAGUUACUCGCAUGAUGAAUCAACUACUAUCAGUGAUUCGUCUGUUGCUACUUCAACAAUGGCACCACUAAAUGAUUUACUUAUGAGUACUGAUGAAGGUGAAAACUCGAAUACCAUGAGCUCUGAAGAUUCUAAUGGAUCAAGCUACAUUCCAAAUACAGCUGAUGAAAUGAGUUCGGAUUCCACCACUGUUAAUUACCUCACUUCUCAAAACACACCUUCUUCCCAAAAUUCCACUGCAGACAGUUCUGCUGCAGCGAAGCCACAAGAAACGAAGAGUUUCAACACACAAAGUCGGAAAAAGCAUCACAAGAAAAAUCACAAACCUAGCCAUAAGGGAAGAUCACAAACCUCUCGUAAAAUUACAAAUGGCUCCACGCAGGCACACGAUUCAGGAUAUAAUGAACGAAAAUCAAAAAAAUCCAAUAGACAAAGUCUGAAAAACCAUCACAAACCUAUGCACAAUAGAAUGUCACAUACCCCUAGUAAAAAGAAAAAUGGCUUUAAACGGACACAAGUAGAAGGAAAUAAUACAAUGAAAGCAACCGACAUGAUGGCAACAGCAACAACGUCGAGUUACUCGCAUGAUGAAUCAACUACUAUCAGUGAUUCGUCUGUUUCUACUUCAACAAUGAUACCAUUAAAAGAUUUAUUUAUGAGUACAGAUGAAGGGGAAAACUCAAAAGCCAUGAGCUCUGAAGACUCAACUGGUUCAAGCUACGUUCCAAGUACAGAUGAUGGAAUGAGUUGGGAUUCCACCACUGUUACUUACCUCACUUCUCAAAAAACACCUUCUUCCCAAACGUCUAGUUCAGAUAGUUCUGCUCCAGCGAAGUUACAAAAAACAAAGAGUUCCAACAGACAAAGUCAUAGAAAGCAUCACAAGAAAAAUCAUCAACCUAACCACAAAGUAAAGUCACAAACCUCUCGUAAAAAUUCAAACGACUCUAAGCAGAAACAUUUACAAGGAAAUAAUGCAAGGAAAAAAACCGAAACGAUGAUAAGAGCAACAUCACCGAGCGAUUCAAAUAAUGAUUCAACCACUUUCAGUGGAUCUUAUCUUGAUACUUCAACAAUGGUUCCAAAGAGCGACUUAAUUAUGAGUACUGAUCAAGCUGAAAACUCAAAAACCAUGAGCUCUGAAAUUUCAAAUGGCUCAAGUUACGUUCCAAGUACUGAUGAUGGAACAAAUAAUGGGGACUCUACUACUGUUAGUUACUUUACAUCCCAAAAUCCACCUUCUUCCCAAAAGUCCAGUUCUGACAGUUCUGCUACAGCGAAGUCACAAAAAACAAAGAGUUCCAAUAGAAAAAGUCGGAAAAAGCAUCACAAGAAAAACAAUAAACCACACCACAAGGGAAGGUCACAAACCUCUCGUAAAAAAACGAAUGGCUCCACACAGACACAAAUACCAGGAAAAAAUACAAGAAAAACAAAAAAUUCCAACAGACAAAACCGGAAAAACCAUCACAACAACGCACGUAAACCUGUGCACAAUAGAAAGUCACAUUCUCCCAGUAAAAAGACAAAUGACUCCAAACAGACACAAGUAGAACAAAAUAAUACAAUGAAAACAACCGACAUGAUGGCAAGAGCAACAACGUCGAGUUACUCGCAUGAUGAAUCAACUACCAUCAGUGCUUCGUCUAUUGCUACUUCCACAAUGAUACCAUUAGAAGAUUUAUUUAUGAGUACUAGUGAUGGUGAAAACACAAAAACGAUGAGUUCCGAAGAUUCAAAUGGCUCAAGUUACGUUCCAAGUACUGAUGAUGGAACGAAUAAUGGGGACUCCACCACUGUUAGUUACUUUACAUCCCAAAAGUCCAGUUCAGACAGUUCUGCUACAGCGAAGUCACAAAAAACAAAGAAUUCCAAUAGACAAAAUCGGAAAAAGCAUCACAAGAAAAACCAUAAACCUCACCACAAGGGAAGGUCACAAACCUCUCGUAAAAAAACGAAUGGCUCCACACAGACACAAAUACCAGGAAAAAAUACAAGAAAAACGAAACAUUCCCACAGACAAAACCAGAAAAACCAUCACAAUAACGCACGUAAACCUUUGCCCAAUAGAAAGUCACAUACCCCUAGUAUAAAAACAAAUGGCUCCAAACAGACACAAGUAGAACGAAAUAAUACAAUGAAAACAACUGACAUUAUGUCAAGAGCAACAACGUCGAGUUACUCGUAUGAUGAAUCAACUACCAUCAGUGAUUCGUCUAUUGCUAGUUCCAGAAUGAUACCAUUAGGAGAUUUAUUUAUGAGUACUAGUGAUGGUGAAAACACAAAAACCAUGACUUCCGAAGAUUCAAAUAGUUCAAGUUACGUACCAAGUGCUGAUGAUGGAACGAAUAAUUGGGAUUCCACCACUGUUAGUUACCCCACAUCUCAAAGCACACCUUCUUCCCAAAAGUCCAGUUCGGACACUUCUGCUACUGCGAAGUCACAAAAAACAAAGAGUUCCAACAGACAGAGUCGGAAGAAGCAUCACAAGAAAAACCAUAAACCUAACCACAAGGGAAGUUCAAAAACUUCUCCUAAAAAAACGAAUGGCUCCACACAGACACAAAUACCAGGAAAAAAUACAAGAAAGGCAAAAAAUUCUAACAGACAAAGCCGGAAAAACCAUCACAAUAACGCACAUAAACCUAUGCACAAUAGAAAGUCACAUACCCCUAGUAAAAAGACAAAUGGCUCCAAACAGACACAAUUAGAACGAAAUAAUGCAAUGAAAACAACCCACAUGAUGGCAAGAGCAACAACGUCGAGUUACUCGUAUGAUGAAUCAACUACCAUCAGUGAUUCUUCUAUUGCUACUUCCAAAAUGAUGCCAUUAGAAGACUUAUUUAUGAGUACUAGUGAUGGUGAAAACACAAAAAUCAUGAGUUCCGAAGAUUCAAAUGGUUCAAGUUACGUACCAAGUGCUGAUGAUGUAACGAAUAAUUGGGAUUCCACUACUGUUAGUUACCCCACAUCUCAAAGCACACCUUCUUCCCAAAAGUCCAGUUCGGACACUUCUGCUACGGAGAAGUCACAAAAAACAAAGAGUUCCAACAGACAAAGUCGGAAAAAGCAUCACAAAAAAAGUCAUAAGGGAAGGUCACAAACCUCUCGUAAAAAAACGAAUGGCUCCACACAGAAACAAAUACCAGGAAAUAAUGCACGAAAAACAAAAAGUUCCAACAGACAAAGUCGGAAAAACCAUCACAAUAACGCACGUAAUUCUAUGCACAAUAAAAAGUCCCAUACUCCCAAUAAAAAGACAAAUGGCUCCAAACAGACACAUGCAGAAAGAAAUAAUGCCAUGAAAACAACUGACAUGAUGACAAGAGCAACAACGUCGUAUGAUGAAUCAACUACCAUUAGUGAUUCGUCUGUUGCUACUUCAACAAUGACACCAUUAAGAGAUUUAAUUAUGAGUACUGAUACUGGUGAAAACUCGAAAACCAUGAGUUCUGAAGAUUCACUUAGUUCAAGUUAUGCUCAAAACACGGAUGAUGGAAUGAAAAGUGACUCCACCACACUAAGCUCUCUUACUUCUCAAAAUACACCUUCUUCACAAAAGUCCACUUCAAAAAGUUCUGCUAAUGCAAAGUCACGAAAAUCAAAGAAUUUAAACAGACAAAGUCAUAAAAAGCAUCACAAGAAAACUCAGAAACCUAAACACAAAGCAAAGUCACAAACCUCUCCUAAAAAAACAAAUGGCUCCAAAAAGAAGCACUUACAAGGAACUAGUACAAAGAAAACAACCGAAAUGGUAACAAAAGCUACUACACCCAGUGACUUAUAUGAUGAUAAUGCAACAAGUAUCGUAUCAAGUACAGAUGGAGACCAUUCCUCAGUAACUGCAACAAAUAAAAAUGACAAUAGUCGGAAUACCUCUCCAUCAAAUCACUCCCAGACCACUAAAAAACCAGCAAAACCACACUCAGAACAUCAUCACAAAGGCCACAAACAUGUGAAAACGCAUGAUGAGAAAGUUACAACAGCCUCUUUAGAAAAUAGUUCGAUUCCUACUGAAAGUACGACAGAGGUUAAAGCAACUGAAUCAGCAGUUCCAACAACAACCGCAGUAGUGAUUGAAACUUCUACACCACCAGAAACUCUUUCUCAAUCUACAUCAAAAGCUGAAACGAAACCAGGGAGUGAACAUCAUGCGUCUGAUGGACAACCGAAACAUCAUAAAUCUGAACAAAAAGAAGAAUUUCUGAUGUUAGAGCAUGGUGAUAGUUUAGAUAACGAUAAUAAAAAAAGUGAAGGGAAUGGACAUCAUGCCUCGCAUCGGCAACAAAAAACAAAACCAACACAUCAUAAGCAUGGGGAAAAAGAAGAGUUUACGAUGUUAGAGAAUGGCGAUAGUUUGGAUGAUAAUAAUAAUAAUGGUGAUGGUACUGAACAUCAUGCCUCGCAUCGGCACCAAAAAAUGAAACCACAUCAUCAUAAACCUCAGAAGAAAGAAGAAUUUGUGAUGUUAGAGCAUGUCGAUGGUUUAGAUGAACAUGAUAAUAAUGGUGAUGAAGAUGUCAAUAAUGAAAAUCGUGAUGAUAACGAGGAGAACACUGAACAUCCUGCAGAACUUACUCCCACGGAAACUACGCCUGAAACGGAGACAAAAAAUGAAAAUAAAGAGUUACCUGAAACUGUGGCACCAACGGAAACUACUGUAUUGAUUGAAACUGUGACAACACAAGAAACAUCUACACAUUUUGAUACAAAAACCGAAACUCAGACAGGAAGUGGACAUCACACUGGACAUCACAAUGGACAUCACACUGCACAUCAUCAGCACAAAGGAAAACCGAAACAUCAUAAACCUGAGCAAAAAGAAGAAUUUUUUGUGUUAGAUCAUGGCGAUAAAUUAGACGAUCAUGAGGAUAAAGAGCCAAAAAUAGAAUACGUAGUUUUAGAGCAUUACGGAUCAGACGUAAACAACACACAAUCCGAAACUAAUGAGAAAUCGCAUCAUAGAACACACCAUCACCAUUCCGGUAAAGGAAACCAUCCUCAUUCUUCAAAAAGUGGCAAAGAUCAUCAUUCCAGAUUGCAUUCUAACUCUGAAAAUACUGUGCACGAUACAAACUAUAACAGUAAGGAUACAAGAACAGGUGACGGUUCUGCCACUAAUUCCGAAAGAGAUGCAGAAGCAAAUUCGGCAGCUGGAAAUCAAAGUUCGUCAGCAAAAGUUGGAACAACCACGGAAUGUAUGGAUGCAUCUACUUCAAAUGUAGAUUCUAUGUCAACUUCACUUUCUACAGAAGUUGCGAGAUCUGCAGUACCUCUUGUCGCACCACCCUCACUAAUACCUCCAACAAUGGAAUCAACUGCUGCACAAGACAGUUCAACUCAAAAAGAAACUACAGAAUCCUCUUCUGCAUCAGCUGAAACGACAUCAUCUGGAACAGGUACAACGAGAAUUGUGGAAAUAACAUCAGAGCCUGAAUCCUCAACAGAAGCCAUACCCGCCACAACAAUAGCGUCUACAACUGAAUUCAUGCCAAAAACAACGCAAGAAAAAACAGAAAUAAAUCCGUCACCCGAAAAUGAAACUACAAAGAAGGAGACUUAUACAGAAGCAAAUGAAGGGACGGACGUAAACGAGACGAUUCAGGAAACUAUCCAACCUGACAUAAACACAUCGUCAGAAUCCUCAGAAACAAAAACGAAUGCUAUAUCAUCAGAAACAACAAUUUCAUCAGCAGUAAAGUAUACGACAUUACAACAAACUGAUAAAACAACCGAAGAAGUGACAAAAACAGCUAACGAGGCAAAUGAAAUAUCAACGGAAAAAAGUGGUACAACUACUGAAAUAAAUGAGACGAUUAAGGAAAUAGGAGGUGAGACACAAGAAACAACUGCUGAACCACAAAAAUCAACAACUACACCACGAGAAACAUCAGUUGAACUACAAAAAGUAACAACAGAAUCACAAAAUGUAACGGCUGAGUCACAAAAUGAAACUGCUGUAUCGCAAAAAAGUACAACUGAAUCACAAGAAGCAGAAGCACAACCCGAAGAAUCAACCAGUCUAACAAGGAAAACAACAACUGAAUCAAACGAAACGGUACCUAACUCAAAUCAAGCAACCGAUGAAUCAAAGGAAGUAACUCAAGAAGUUACAAAGGAGGAAGUUACCUCAAUGACUGAAAAAAAUCAAGACACAACAACGAAGGUAAAGGAACUAACUACCAAAGAAAUUGAAACAACUAAAUUAAAUGAACCAACAGGAGAAGCAGCAACUGCAUCCAUUAGCAGCAGUGACGCACAUGAAGUUACAGCUGAAGAAAAUAAAACAUUUGAAACCUCACAAGAGAGCAGCACAUUAACUAAUGCACAGACACAUGAAGACAAGGAUAUGUUUAAAUCUCCGGAAACUUAUACAACGUCCGAAAGUAUUCCAGAUGAAUUUCCUUUUACCAUGGCGUCGACUGAAAACUGCACUAAUGAUUAUACAACAAUAACCCCACCAGAAGGAGUGACGUGUCUGCAAAACGAAAGUUACUACAAAUGCGUUCCUCACUGUCGACACACUUGCUUCAACUUCAACAGCGAUUUCCCUUGCCCUUGCUUUUGUGAGCCAGGUUGCUUCUGUAACGAGGGACUUGUGGUUGAUGAAAACGGAAAAUGCAUUCCAAAGGAGCAAUGCACUGAAGAUCCAAAUGACAUUUUCUCUACCUGUAACGAUGAUGAAGAGUAUUGGGUAUGCAUGCCCAAAGUAAGAAACACUUGCUACAACGUUGCCAGAUUGAUGACAAAGAAAGAUAAAGACUGUGUGUCUGGCUGCUUCUGCAAAGAAGGCCUAGUUAAAGACGAAGAAUCAGAUGAAUGUUUGGAACCAGAAGACUGCCCGACGCCUACAUGCGAAAAGAAGGAGCAGGCAGUAAUAUGCUUAGAUCCAUGCAACACUUGCAGUAUAUUUAGAGGCUGCACUAACUGCACAUUCACCAGUUGCAAUGAAGGUUGCGACUGCCCAGAAGGCUUUAAACGCGACGACAACGCAGAGUGUAUCCCAGCGGAUGACUGCCCACCAUGUUCAGAAAGUGAUGAGUGAUGAGUAGCAUAUAAAAAAGACUACAGGUGUUGAGAAGUCAAAAACAGAAGCCUCGGAAAUAUACGAUGAGUGUUGUAAUGCUGGAAAGAAGAAAAUAAAAAUGUGAAAGCUGUUCAUGUACUAGAUUGUUACAAAUAAGAAGCGAAUAAAAAGUACAAUAAAAGUUAUCAAUGUCAUUUUACAAAUGAAACACAUUAAGACAAAAAUAAAUGAUUAUAUAAAAUGAAAUUUUUAGAAAAAAAAAUCCAUAAAUUUGCAAUUGAUAAAGAAAUUUCUAGGUAGUUACUAGAAUGCCCACAGAGCGCAAAAAGUAAGUGGGUAAUCACAGGUGCAAAAAAAAUUCGUUCAAAUCAGAACUUCCUAACUGCUACUUUGUUUGAAAUAAACAAAAAACGUUUCAUUUAUUUUGCGAACGUACUCAUACAAACUGAAUUACGGGUGGUUACAAUUAUAAUAACUAAAAGAGUAAGAGUGACGUAACAUCAUUUUCUUACCAUAAAGAAAAUUAAUUACGCGGGGAAAAUUGCUUGAAAAAAUAAAUUUAAUGUGAACUGGAUGAAACGUCUUCUAUUGUAUUUUGCAAUCGACAUUGGAGCUGUAACUAUAUUUUGUGCUAGUUUACAGGUAUGGGUAUGUCAUUUGAAAACUCUUCAAUCGAAACGACCAAAGGUUACAGUUCAAUAUAUAUUGCAUUAAGAAAAGAAAAUACAUUUGCACGAACAAAUAUCUUUUUUGAAUACACAUUUCAAAAAAUUAAGAGGAGCAACUGCGCCCUCUUCUUCCACUACUAGCCUGCUGGUUUGUAUUAAUAAGGUAACUACUGUUUUACUCCCAUUAUUUUAAGCAAUAGCUUUGCCAGUUUUGAAAAUAUAUAUUUAUAUAUUUGACAAAAAUUAUUCUUAUUAUUUUGUUAACACAUUGACGAUGGAAAGCACAACAAAUUGUUCUGGACAGCAACUACGAAAGAAUUCAGAAACACUAUCGCCAAUUUUGUGCAAACAGAAAGUGAGGUCUCAAACUCUUGAAGAAAGAUUGACUUUUCAAUUGGCCAAGGAUCUUGUUUAGUAAAGGAAUGCGCGAUUAAUACAUUUUGACAAAUCUUACGAAAGUUUUGAUUUUAUUAAUUGACCUCUUAAUGCACCUGUAUUAGACAAAUUUAAAUUU